CGGCGCGGAUCUCCGCCACUGGACCGGGAAUGCGGAGUCCAGGACGGGUAGAGCGACCGCUGCCUGCGCAUCCAGUCCGCGGCGGUUGAAGCCGGUGUCGCCGGCGAACCGAAGCAGCGGCUCAUGGACACAGCGGGGUCCCCUGCUCCUGCGGGGACAGGAGGGGACGGCUUUGGAGGAAGUACAAGAGAGACAUCCGGGAGACUUUCAAGAGAACAGAUUUACGUACUGGUGUCAGCAGCUUCCAUGAACUUGGGUUGCAUGAUGGCCUAUUCCAUCCUUGGACCAUUUUUUCCCAAGGAGGCAGAAAAGAAGGGGGCCAGCAAUACCAUGAUUGGAGCGAUCUUCGGAUGCUAUGCUUUAUUUGAGUUGCUGGCAUCUUUAGUGUUCGGAAAAUACCUUGUACAGAUCGGAGCCAAAUUUAUGUUUAUAGCAGGGAUGUUUAUCUCAGGAGGAGUUACAAUUCUCUUUGGUGUCUUGGACCAACUUCCAGAAGGACCCAUAUUUAUUGUCAUGUGUUUUCUGGUGAGAAUAGUCGACGCCAUAGGCUUUGGUGCAGCGAUAACAGCGUCGUCCUCUAUCCUGGCAAAGGCUUUCCCAAAUAAUGUGGCUACUGUCUUGGGGAGCCUUGAGGUUUUUUCUGGACUGGGGUUGAUAGUAGGUCCCCCUUUAGGUGGCUUUUUGUAUCAAUCCUUUGGCUACGAGAUGCCUUUUAUUCUUCUGGGGUGCCUAGUUCUGCUCAUGAUACCACUCAACCUGUGUAUUUUGCCUAGUUACGAGUCGGAUCAAGGGGAACACUCCUUCUGGAAGCUUGUCACCUUACCCAAGGUCGGUCUCAUAGCCUGUGUCAUCAUUGCCCUCAGCUCCUGCUUCGGUUUCCUCGAUCCGAUCCUCUCUCUCUUCGUCUUGGAGAAGUUCAAUCUGCCAGCUGGAUAUGUGGGACUGGUCUUCCUGGGUCUAGCUCUAUCCUACACCAUUUCGUCGCCACUGUUUGGCCUCCUCAGUGACAGGAUGCCUAAUCUAAGGAAAUGGUUUCUGGUUUUUGGAAACUUAAUCACAGCUGUGUGCUACAUGCUCUUAGGACCUGUCCCCAUUUUGCACAUUAAAAGUCAGCUCUGGCUUCUGGUGCUGGUGUUGGUUGUAAAUGGCUUCUCUGCUGGAAUGAGUAUCAUCCCGACUUUCCCAGAGAUGCUCAGUUGUGCAUAUGAGAACGGGUUUGAAGAGGGAAUAAGUACUCUGGGACUCGUAUCUGGUCUUGUCAGCGCCAUGUGGUCAGUUGGUGCUUUCAUGGGACCAAUGCUGGGCGGAUUUCUGUAUGAGAAGAUUGGUUUCGAGUGGGCAGCAGCUAUACAAGGUCUUUGGGCUCUGAUAAGUGGACUUGCGAUGGGCUUAUUUUAUCUCUGGGAGCACUCAAAGACAAGAAGAAGUUCUAAAGCUCAGAAUCUCACUGGCACAGAGGAGGAACGAGCUGUUCUCUUGCCCAAUGAAACCUAGCCUUGCCAACUCUGGAUACAGCAUGGGAGACGGGUGCCUUGAGCCAUGACAGCGGCUGCUGGAGGAGUUUUCUUUGUACUGUGCAGAGCUCCGUGAUUCCUCCACUCACACCCUGGAAGUGUCAGGCUGCUUUUACAUGAAGCUGCUCCGGCUGCACUUUGUGUAGCUCGAAACAUCUACGAGAAAGGGAAAACCAACAAGCUUGGUGUUUCUAAAUGACCCACCUUGCCCCGAAGGUGCUGUUAUUAUUGGCUCUCUUUGGCUUUCUUAUUCCUGCGUUUUUCAUUCUAAAUUCGUCAAUUUGACACAUGCACCUCUUAAAAUUAUUACGCGGAGAAAUGAAGCUACUUAAUAUGCAUUGAACAUAUACAAAAGAAUGUCUGAUUUUUAUGAAGUCACUUUUGAAAGAUGUGCUUUCUCUGCACUGAGAUUUUUAUACCUAUUUCAAAGGAAAAAUUCCUGCCUGCCAUGUGAAAACUCUAAAGUGUUCCUUGACUUUCGGGUUUUCUAAAAAUGUAUCUGUGGAAGGUGCAAAAAAGAAAAAAAAAUGAUACAUCUAGUUUCCAUUUUGUGGCAUUUUCAGUUAUGAUCUGUAUUUAUAAACAUUGCUUGGCGUAACAUUAUUCCUUUCCAGUCUCAGUAGAUCCUUGUUCUAGUCCCACGACUUAUGUUUGUUUGUUGUGUUAAUACUUCUCAUACUCUUGGAAGGUGUGUCCCAUCACGAGGCGGGGCAGCGCCCCCACCCAAGGAUGAUUGCCACCUGCAGGCUGGAGGAAUACUCCCCUGACCUUAAUCCUAGCUGCUACUUGAAGUGAGAAUAUCAAUGUUGUACCUCCUGAUUAAUUUUCUUAUUGUAGCAGUUACAUUUCUUUUCUAAGAGAAUAAAUGGUUUUUGUCUA